UACUUUAUAUAAAUAUUUCUUUGUACAGGAGAUUAUGCAUUCCUUAUAUUAGUGUAUACUAUAUUAGUUUUCUUACCAAUUCACAACUCACCAUGUAUUAGCUUGAUCUCUGUUUAUAUAAAGAGGUCUUUUGUAAUUUAUCAAAUCAGAAAGAAAUAUAUUUUCUUCUCCAAUUAUUCUUUGUUUCAUGGUAUCAGAGCGCGACUAGCUUAAUACGCAAAAGCUCGUCGUCACAAGAUCGCCGUCGGUAUCUCUCGACCUAAUUCUGUCAUGACAUCCGCACCUCCAUCGAUGCCGCCUGUACAGGUUCCUACACCGACACCUCCAUCAAUGCCGCCUGUACAGGUUCCUGCAUCGACUAUUGCCCAGCUCGAUGUUAAACUCUCCGGGCCUAAUUAUCGUGAAUGGUCGGUGUCCAUUCAACUCUUGUUUGAUGCUCUCGAUCUUACUGGACAUAUUGAUGGUGCUGGUCCACCAACCGAUGAUUCCAAACUCAAGGACUGGCUCGUUGCUGAUCGACGUGCUCGUGGAAUUAUUUCUACAUCGGUAAACAUAGACAUUCGGAUGCAGCUUAUCAAUUUGUCCACCGCUCACCAGAUGUGGUCUCUUCUUCGGCAGAUGUAUGAGCAGUCUAGUUAUGCUCAAUCAUAUGCUGAGUUUCAAGAGAUCUCCAUGGCUCAUCAAGGUGAGCGUAGUAUCCAAGAGUUUUACAGUUUUAUGCAGGCUCGUUGGCGUCAACUGGCGACCAUGGAUGAACCCUUGUGUCGCACUUGCUCAGCUUGUCAGUGUACUGUCAAGCAAAAGCAGGUGCGUGAUCAACAACGAUUGUUCCAGUUUCUUAUGCGCCUACGACCUGAGUUUGAAGCAUUACGUGGCCAACUACUCCAUCGAACUCCCUUCCCUACUAUUGAUGUGGCUCUCGCGGAAUUGAUUGCUGAGGAGACACGUCUUCGAGUUUUGAGUUCCUCUUCUUCCGCAAUGCCUAACGUUCUUGCUGCUCAUGGUCCUGCAAGUCCACCUCCCGUGCCAGCGCCUACUUAUCAUCAACCGCCUUCUAGUUACAUUCCAAAUCCUGGUACUAGAAAAGACAAACGAAGCAUUCAAUGUCGUUACUGUCAUCUUUGGGGUCACUCAAUUCAAGAUUGCCGGAAAAAGAAAUGGGCAGAUCAGCAUUUACGAUCCUCUCGUAAUAUGCCUACUGUUGCAUCUGCUCCUUCUGUUCCUCCGGUCAACAACGCGUCAUCUACAGAGCAGCAACCUUCAACUAUUCAAUUGAGUCUUCCUCAACUACUGCAGAUGUUUCAGCAACACCAAUUGACUCCAUCCACUUCGUCAGGGCAGUCCUCCUCUAUCUUUUCAUCUACGCCAUCAGGUUUUGGUAUGACUGGUCCUGGAGGAUCGUCGGACCGGGACUUUGAUUGGACAGGGCCAUAGACGUGACUGCCUGUACUACAUGGACUAUCUGCAUCUUCCUCCUAAAAUUAAUUCAGCAAAUAUUGCUACAACUUCAAAUUCUGAUCUCU